UUCCUGUCUCUGUUCGAUCGUCCCCUCCAACAACCCACCAAAAACUACUUCAUACUCUCUCAACUCAAGCUCUGUUUUCAUCGCCCCUCGGCGGACUUUCCCACACCAACCCCUCUCUAUAUAUCCCCCCAAAACCCUAACCACUCCUUCCCAACUCCGCCCCCCCCUCUCUCUCUCUAAAAACUAGCCAUUUCAAUGGCCUUAGCUUCCACUCCACUCUCAAAGCCCUUCUUCUCCACCAAACCCAAAUCACUAUCAUCCUCAAUAUUAUUACCUCCAACUUCCACUUCGAUCCCACCUUCGUUAAAGUCUCGGCCGUUGACAGUUCGGAGCUCCGUCGCCGCCGCAUCGCCGCCGGCAACGAAGGUGUCGAAGGAAUUCAAGGUGAAGUCGGUGAAGGCGAGGCAGAUCAUUGAUAGCAGGGGGAAUCCGACGAUCGAGGUUGAUCUUGUGACUGAUGAUCUGUACAGAUCCGCGGUCCCCAGUGGGGCCUCUACUGGGAUCUACGAGGCAUUGGAGCUUAGAGAUGGUGACAAGAGCGUCUAUGGAGGUAAAGGUGUACUCUAUGCUGUCAAAAACAUCAAUGAGAUCUUGGCUCCUAAGCUCAUCGGCGUCGAUGUCAGAAAUCAAGUUGAUGUUGAUUCGCUUAUGCUGGAGCUUGAUGGAACUCCAAAUAAGUCAAAAUUGGGGGCUAAUGCAAUACUAGGAGUGUCUCUGAGCGUAUGUAGGGCUGGUGCUGGAGCAAAGGGAAUGCCUCUUUACAAGCACAUACAAGAAUUAUCAGGAAUUAAAGAGCUUGUUAUGCCCGUUCCUGCUUUCAAUGUGAUAAAUGGUGGCAGCCAUGCCGGCAAUAGUCUUGCCAUGCAAGAGUUCAUGAUAUUACCAGUAGGAGCAACCUCAUUUGCAGAGGCUCUCCGCAUGGGUAGCGAAGUUUAUCAUGUACUGAAGGGAAUUAUCAAAACGAAAUAUGGACAAGAUGCAUGCAAUGUUGGAGAUGAGGGUGGAUUUGCUCCCAAUGUUCAGGAUAAUAGGGAAGGAUUGGUAUUGCUCGUAGAUGCAAUUGAAAAGGCUGGAUUCACAGGAAAGGUAAAGAUAGGAAUGGAUGUUGCAGCUUCAGAGUUUUUCACCAAGGAUGGGAAAUAUGAUCUCAAUUUCAAGAAACAACCAAAUGAUGGUGCUCAUGUGCUUUCAGCUCAGAGCCUUUGUGACCUAUACAAGGAAUUUGUCAAGGAUUUCCCUAUAGUUUCUAUUGAAGAUCCCUUUGAUCAGGAUGAUUGGAGCUCAUGGACUUCUCUACAGUCUUCAGUUGAUAUUCAGAUUGUAGGUGAUGACCUGUUGGUCACAAAUCCAAAGAGAAUAGCUGAAGGAAUUCAGAAGAAGGCGUGCAACUCUUUGCUAUUGAAGGUGAACCAGAUUGGUACAGUAACUGAAUCUAUUCAAGCAGCUCUUGACUCGAAGGCUGCAGGAUGGGGUGUGAUGGUCAGCCACCGAAGUGGUGAAACAGAGGAUAACUUCAUUGCAGAUCUUUCUGUUGGCUUGGCUAGUGGACAGAUCAAAACUGGAGCUCCUUGCCGAAGUGAGCGGUUGGCCAAGUAUAAUCAGCUUCUUCGUAUUGAAGAGGAACUUGGAGAUGUUCGUUAUGCUGGCGAAGCCUUCAGAGCACCUUAAAUCUUUUUGUUGAAGAAUAACAAGUAAUGGAUCCAAUUCUCACCUUAAAUCUUUUUGUUGAAGAAUAACAAGUAAUGGAUCCAAUUCUCA